AUGUCAGAAGAAAAUAAUAACAGAAAGGAAAGAGUUCCAGAAACAGAGGAAGAAAAGCAAGAAAGAUUAGCAAAACAAGAAGAAAUUGACCUGAGAUCAAUUUACGUUGGUAAUGUAGAUUAUCAAUCAACACCAGAACAAUUGGAAGAAUUUUUCCAUAUUGUUGGUGUUAUUGAAAGAGUUACUAUUUUAUUUGAUAGAUUUUCUGGAUUACCUAAAGGUUAUGCAUAUGUUGAAUUUGAAAAACCGGAAAGUGUAAAUAAAGCAAUUGAAGAAUUACAUGGUAAAUCAUUUAGAGGUAGAGAUAUUAGAGUUAGUGCUAAAAGAACAAAUGUUCCUGGAUUUAGAAAAAGUGGUGGUAGAGGUGGUAGAGGAAGAGGUAAUUUUAGAGGUAGAGGUGGAAGAGGUAGAGGUUCAUUUAGGGGAAGAGGAAGAGGUGGAAGAGGUGGUAGAAAUAAUAAUGAAGAAGAUGCUCUUACUACUACUGCUGAAACAACUGAAUAA